AUGAUCACAGAGCGCGGGUUGGUCUGUCUGUGUGUGGCGGAAGUGCAGUGAAUUGGAGAAGCGGUGUGUAGGCACCGGGGAAAUCUGCCGGCUGUGAUGUCCGCUGUGCCAGGGUUUACACCUAGCGGGCAGAAGAGGAGUCUGGCAGAACUACUGGAUGGCAGAACAAAAAGCCUGAACAAAAAAAGCAACAAUUCAGUGCUCCAGGAGGCUGCUCUGUAUUUGCUAAGUUGCAAUCAAGAUGUCAGUCAGUUCCUCUUGGAGGUAGAAACACCUCCAUAUAAGAAGAAAUGUAACCGAGAAAACCCUGAUACCAUCAAGUCUGAAAUGCCAGCUGUAGCCUUUGUAGGCUCUACAUUAAGAGAUCAGGCAUCACGUUUGAAAAUACCGCCUGGUAUCCUGACCUCUAAAGCUGCAUUGGCUAACAUUCAGCAGAUCUGUCAGGCAUGUAGAGAUAGCAAGUGGAGUGCUGUGUUAAAUCCAGAACAGAGAGAGAAGUUGUGCAAUUUGCUGAAGACUUUGAAGGGCUUGUUGGCUGAGAAUUGCUUCUGCCGUUCACUUUUUUGCAAGGAAAUCUGGAAUUACAGGCACCCCUUAGUGUUGGAAGCUGUGUGGCACUUACACAAUGAUGGUAUUGUGUGUCUAGAGGAAAUUUUGGAGAGCUAUAGGGACUCAACUUCUGCUGUUGACUGGUUGUUUAGUGAAAUAUGUUCAUUGUGUCUGUAUAUAGACAGUUCAUCCUUCGCUGAAAACCUUCCUAAACAGAUGCUAUCUGACUUCCAGGCUUUGUUAGUUGGAAAUGGUUUCCAUCGUUCUUCAGGGACUGAGAAAAAUUUGGAACCGAAUAAAAAUAAAGAGAUCUGCCUUUCCAUUUUGGAUAAAUUACUUUCAUGGUUGCUUGAUGCUGUUAGUAUAGAAAAAUCUGACAAGUUAUCCAAGUCAUCUGCAGAGCAACACUGGUUAAGUACCUUUGAGGUUCACAGGUAUAGAGCAUGUGUGGUUCCAGAAUCUAUUGAAGAGUUUUUUAUCCAUUCACUGACUCAGGUUUUCACAUUCAAGCCAAAGCUGAAAGUGUCGGAUGCCAUACAGUGCCAGGCAAACUGGAGUUUUGUGAAAGCUAACCCAUUGCUGACGGAUUUGUACCGUAAGCUUUUUGUUGCUCUUAGCGCAGAGAAACUGAUUGCUCACAUACAGCUGGUCUUGGACACCCAGGAGGUAAAUUGGCAUCAUGUAUUGACUUGUGUUUCCUGCUUGGUUAUAUGCCUACCUGAAGCUCAACGACUUAUUAAAGAUCUCCUUUGUAGGAUUUUGACACAUGCUUUUGAGAAUUAUGAGUUGGAAGGUUUGAUCACUGCAUUCUUAAUUGUAAGACAGGCUGCCUUGGAAGGUCCUGCUGCCUUUAUGUCCUAUACAGAGUGGUUCAAGUGUACCUUUGGAGCUGCUAAUUCUUAUCACAGCAACAGCAAGAAGUCUCUGGUUUUCUUGUUGAAGUUUCUCUCUGAUCUUGUUCCCUUUGAAGCUCCUCAGUACUUAAAGGUACAUGUUCUGCACCCACCAUUUGUACCCCCUAAGUAUCGCCCCCUCUUGAUGGAAUAUAUCUCCUUGGCAAAAACCCGCCUAACAGAUAUGAAAGUUUCUAUUGAGGACAUGGGUUUGUAUGAGGACUUGUCUGCAAGACCAAAUAUAGUUCAGCUAAAGUCUCAAGCACACCAAGAUGUAGAAAAAGCGGUGAAUAUAUUUGAGAACACUGGCAAGAUUCCAGCUAGUGUAAUGGAAGCCAGCAUAUUUCGCAGACCAUAUUUUACAUCUCGCUUCCUACCUUCCCUCCUCACCCCUCGUGUGCUCCCUGCUGUUCCAGAUGCGCUCAUGCUGCUUAUUGAUUCAAUGAAAAGAGCAGAUAAGAUCCCUACAAACAUGUUUGACACAUAUCUAGAAGCUUGUGAUCAAGAAAAGCAGAGGAAGCAAGAAGGGAGGGAGCAGAGAGAUCAAUCUCUUCCCGAAGAGCCCCUAGGAAGACUGCAGUUAGCUCUCUCUGACCUUCGGCCUCUCGUCACAGAUACAAACAGAUAUAAAGAUGUAUCAGCGCAAGUGGCUGUAAUUUCAGACAGACUUCUUGCGGUCAUGGGGAAGCAGAAGGUGAAUGAUGACCAGGUAGCUGCAGAGCUUUUUAAAGCUGAAACUGAAGCACAGUUAGAUAUCCAGGAGCAGACAGUGGCUGAUCUACUCUUAACCUGCUUCUGCCAGUGUCUUAUGGCUGCAUCUGGUACCAAUCCACCAGACAGACAGGGACAGUGGCCAACCGUAUAUGUGAAGAUGCUGUGUGGACAUCAGUGGGCUUUCUCUGCGGUACUAAGCAGAAUGUUACAGCUUUUGUGUUUCCAGGCUUCUUUCUUGAAAGACUCGCACAUUGUUGGUCUUGCUGCGUUCUCCAUCCAUUUAAAUGAGUGCCAAACUGCACUCCAGUUCCCUAGAACAGGGGUUCAAACUCUGGAACAUUACUGGGAAAAUCUGCUUAAUCACCUCUGCUCAGACUCAGUUGGAGAGUGCCUAAAGUUCUGCACUGCAGCCAUUUCCUAUGCAUUCUGCAGGUUUUCUCUGCUUCGUGAAGAUAAUUUUUCUGGCUGUGUUCCUCCGUUAUUUCUUCGCAAGCUUCAAUACCUGGUCCCAAGGUUGGUUUGGGAAACUCGCGGAGAGGUUUUUAGAGAUGAGGAGGUGGAUUCACUUGUUACUUGGAGCUUCUAUUUCUCUGCUGACUGGAAGAAAGCAGCUCUUUUGCUGUGGAACCAGAGUUGUCUACAGGAUCUGCUAAGGGAGAAGUCCAACCAGGUAACAUUCAUGGAAUGGCUUCUUUGGGAAAUGGAACUGAAACCCAGUAAUGAUGUACUGUGUGACACAGAUAGGCAUGAGUACCAGCGCUGGGCUGUGAAUCACUACUUGUCUGAAUCCUCUGUUGUUGGUGGCUGUAAUGGAGAUUUAGAGAGAGCCUGCGUAAUGAUAGCUGAUUCAGUCCUGGAAUUCAGCAGCAGGCACACAAAGCAUUCAGAAAGGGAACUCAGGAAUAUUUCCAUGUUAAAAGGUUAUACAGGCAUGGGCGACAUCUUGUGCAGAUUACAGGAGCUGAUUUGUGAUAUAGUGACAUCAAAUCAUUGGAAAGGACGCAGGCAUUUCUUUUUUGACGUAUUUUAUCAGCGGCUGGAAUUACACCAGGGCAAAAAGGAAUUAAGUGUCCACCUAACAAGGCAAGGAGUACUGGAGAUGUGCUGCAGGAUUCUUCUUGGACUUCCACCUAUCUUUCUGAUCAACACGACAUCUGAAAAUGGCCUGCAUACUCUUGACUCAGAGGAUUUCUGCCAAUUCGUAAAUAAGGAAUUGAAAAACAUUGGGCCUCGAGGAUAUGCCUUACCAUACAAUAUCACAGCCCACUUUUUUAGGGGUGUUAUAAGUGCCAGUGUACAGUGUGAAGAUUCUUCCGAAGCAGUGAAUUCCAUCUUUUCUGCAACCUAUUCCAUGUGCCCAGUCCUCCUCAUCUCAGCUGCAUUGUGGUGGCCUCAGCUGGAACCAGUUUUGAAAAGCCAGUGGCGCUCUCUUUUUAAGGUAGAUUUACCUAAGGAGCUUAGAACACUCAUGGAACAACAGUCAGCUGUAGAUAGCUGCCUUUCCCAGGGAGCCACCAGUCAGCAACCAUUGACCCUCUCUGGUACCCCCUGGCUCUCUGCUGCAUUUUUAUAUUCUACAGUCCAGAGGAAAAAUCUGCCAUGUAGUCGAAUGCUUGAAAUUCUCGAUGGUUUGGGCUCAAACAUUAGUACGGUGCUGAUAUCCCUUCUUUUCUUUUCAGUAAUGGAUAUAAUAUAUAUGUUGCUUAAGGAUGGAAAGAAACACAAGGAUUUGCUGGACAUCUGUGUGCGCAUUAUUCAUUGUUUAGAGGAGAAGGGAGAAACAUGGGUGUGGCUCUUCCAGAUGGGAGAAGAGAGGAAGCCAGAAUUCAGUCUUCAUCUUCACAGAACAGCCUCAGAUGUAUUUCUUAAUCUUCUGCCAUUUGCUUUCUUUUGGAUUGUCCCUUUACUUCAACUGGAACAGGUAGUCCAGCAGCAAGAUUUCCUUUUUGUUGCGCUGAACAUGUACUAUAAGCUCCUUCAGCUCUUUGUAGAUGGAAGUCCUCUUUCCAGCUUGCCACCAGAAUCCCAGCACCAUGAUUCUUAUGAUGUCUUAACCUGUGGCCGCCAAUUCUUACUGUCCUGUGUUCCUAAGUGCCAAAAGCCCAGCUCUUCAUUCAUGAACCAGAUGUUAGAAUCAUGGGAGGAGUGUGACCCUGAGCUGGCUGCAGUUCUGAGGAGUUCUUUCAAGGCCCCAGAUGACUAUGAUGAUUUGUUUUCAGAGCCUGUCUUUUAAUGAACCAUUUGCUUUCUAAACCUCUAUCUGCUUAACAGUAAAAUUUGUCUUUUCCACAUAAAAAAGGAGGGAUUAAGUUAUGUUGUGUUUAAUUUAUUUUAACAAUAUCCAUCCUACCUAUGUCAUGAAUGGCUGAAAUCAUACUCAAAUUUCUAUAGAAAUACUGUUUGUUACAUAGUUCCUUUUCUUUUGGGAUUGACUCUAUUGUGCAUUAUGUGGUCAACAAAGCAGUAAGGAUUACGCAUAAAAAUAAAACCUCAAGUCUCUUUGCCAUCAAAUCCUGUCUGUUUUAUACUUUGUCACUAUAAAAACAUGGUAAAAACAAGAUGUCUAACAGAGGACAAUGCCUUAUUAUACAAACAAUAAAACUUUACAAAAAUUUUUAAAUUU